ACUUACCUAGGUACAGUGUCGGCCUUCGAUCUUCCAUUCAUAUAUUAAUUGUUUGAUACCUCUCUCAAAUUAGUUUUAUGAAGUAUCCAAAUAAAAUGGCUAAACUUUAAACUUAAUAGUUUUUACACGUUAUCACAAUGUGGAAAUAUGUAACGCGGCGACUGAGGGACUCAUUAGAGAGGAGUGCUAAUCAUUUUGAUAAACGCAGUUGUGGUGGUGUAGUCAAUUCAUCAAAUGGAUUAUCUGACGACGUUAACAAGAGGUCCAAUACACCUUGUUGUUGGUUCACAUCACGCAAACCCUGGAACUCGUAUCAAAAUGAUAAUGAUACCAACAGUAAAAGAUGGAAUUUUGAUAAUUUGAAUUGUACUUGGAUCGGUGCCAUUACAUGGAGUAGUGCGUUAGUUUUUGGAUGGUAUUCCGGGCAACUUAUCCACUGGAAGCUUAAGGAUCAUUUCAAACAGACUAAAUGCACAACCACCAACACAUUGCUAGAAUCCUUUCAACCCAUUAAAAACCGGAAUAUCAAGAGUUUAGAAGCAGGCUAUGAGGUACAUACUGCAAAAUCCUCCACUGUACAUUUGAUUUCAAAUGAUCAUAGUGGCGAUAAGCAAGAGAAUGCAAGUGCCAGUAAGAAUAGCUCAGAAAGUUCAGAUGGUGACUUGGGAGAGGUGCUCAAUUCAAUAGAAAAUAAAUUGGGCUUAGCAGCAAUUGAAAGUGGACAUCAUCAGGAUGGCUUGAACUUGUUGAGGUCAGCAGCCAAUAGAAAUCACCCUCCUGCCCUUUACAAUUUGGGACUUUGCUAUGAAUUGGGUCUUGGAGUAGAAGUAGACGAGAAAGCAGCAAUGGAGCUAUAUCGAUCAGCUGCAGCCUUGCAACACCCAGGGGCACUUUAUAACCUCGGCGUUUACUAUGCACAAGCUCGAGGUGGUCUCAGUAGGGACACUACAACCGCAACCCGCCUUCUACGACUAGCUGCUGUUCAGGGUCAAGAAGAUGCAAUUACAGCGUUGAAGAAUCUUGAUGUAGAUAUUAAUGAACCAGCGCCGCAAGGAGAUAACGAUUUAUGGUCGAAACAGUUCAGUCAAUUUUCACAUAAUGAAAAUAUCGUACCAACUUUUUCUUCAUUGUUUAUCGAAAAUCUUAAUAAUAAUCUUGGUUUCAAUUACGAACCCGUAGUUUAUUAAAUUUUAUACGCAAAUAAUAUGGUGCUAGUGUUUUUGAUUUUUAUUCUUUCUUAUACCUAGUUUUACUUGCAUUUACUUAAUAGGCAAGUUUAAUUGGUUUUAAAAUAAUAAAAUAUGUAUCUUAAUUCUUAACAUACUAAAACUAAAUGUUUUGACGAAAAUAUUUUCGAAAGAUUAGUUUUAAAUUCCUUAAUUGCGUUAAAAUUAUUGUGACGUAACGGUCGUAGAUAUAACAAAAAUACUUUGUGACAUGCAAAAUAUCUUAUUUUUAUUCAAAGCUAUAUUGUUCUAAGAACAUAAUAUAGUUAUUUAAAAUGUCUAACGAAAUUAAAUUUCGUAGAAAUUGUGAGACUUUUAAGUACAUUAGAUAGUAAUAUAAUAAUUUUAAAAGAAUCAUGCUUACUAAAAUGAAUGAACCUUUUAUUUUUGGUUGUUUUAUCUAACAUAUAAUUAUUGCUUCCUCAUACAAUUUUUCCCAUCUAAUAUUGCUGAUAAGAAUAAUGUAUCAUGAGAUCUGAUUUAAUUGAAAACAUGACUUGGGAUGGUCAUAACAUGGUACAUGAUGAAACGAGAGGUCAUCAUACUUCCUACAUCCGCCUUGACAACGUUCUAUGACAAGAAUAUCUGCGAAACAUUUGAAAAACUAUGUUGUUAACAAUAAACGAUAUAUCAAAUAAA